GCGGAACACUGCCUGGCAUGCGCGCCGCGUGCCGCCUGGCGGGUUCACGGCGGCUUCCUCGGCGGCGCUGUCCUGGGCUGCGGCUGGUCCCCGUCUGGGGCAUGCGGCGAGUGGCAUGCGGGCUGAGGCCAUGCCGUUCGAGCCGAAGGCCUGCCGAGUCGUGGGCGUGCGCUGCAAUUGCGGUACCACGGUGUUCGCGCCGAGCCCGCCCCCUGCUGUGCAGAUGCCGCGCGUGACGGAGUCCGACGAAGGCACCGAGCAGUGCGAGAGCGUGGACGUGGACUCGGAGUUGGCUGGGCGGCGCAUGGCUCAACCUGUGCAGGGGGAGGCGAGCGUCGACGAGGCUGCCGAGGAGUUCGCGGAGCCGCAGGUCUCGCAGGCGCCGGUGCCAGGCGCAGUGGUGACUGACUCCAUGAUCAGCGGGAGCGACAGCGUGGACGUGGACUCGGAGGUGGCUGCUCGUUGCGUGGCUCAUCCUGAGCCGUCGCGGAGCUCUGGCACGGCGGUGGCGUGCAGCUACCCUUGUGAUGCACGGCGUUGGACGUCGGCCGAGGGUGCGGUGUCGGAUGCCUCCUACGCGGCGCAGGGGGAGGCGCGCGGCGGCGCUGUCGCUGAGGAGUUCAUGGACGUGCAGGUUUCGCUGGCGCCGUGUGCAGGCGCUACGCUGGGCGACGGCGUCUCGGACGCUGUCGCGGUGCCGAAGAAGAAGGGUCGCUGUCGGGAGCUGCUGGAGAAGGUGGCGCUGCUCUACUUCGGCGUCUCCGAAGGCCUCGUCACGGUCGGGGGGUCCAGGGCUGGUCGGAGCACAGAACAAUAA